CUGAGGAGGCCAGGGGCAUCUCUCUACAAUGCAGGCGGAAAGUACAGCGCCCUGAAAUAGUCGCGAGUCGUUACCCCACGUGCUCUGUAGUCCGACAUGACUUUGAGUCUUGGUCGCAGUCCUACCAGCUCCGUCAUUUGGGGCAAGUUUUUAAACCUCUCUGAGCCUUGGAUUUCUCAUCUGUAAAAACAGAGACCUUCACUGCUUAUAAUGCCGCUGAGGUAUCAAAUGAGGAGGUGCAGGGUACGCAGAGCAUUUAUUGAUAUCUGAAACCUACCCCCUUUAAAUGGGUGCUGUGGCUUGCAUGGCUUCUCCUGGUUUAAGCAAAAACAGUCGAAAGCUCUGUGAGGUAGCAUCUUCGAUUCCCAAAAAGAGGUGUGUGUUAAAAGAGUUAGAAACAUUGGGAAAGGACUUGUAUGGGGCAAAACUGAUUGCACAAAAAUGCCAGGUUCGAAAUUGUUCCCAUUUCAAGAAUGCAGUGAGUGGAUCAGAAUGUCUGCUUUCCAUGGUUGAAGAGGGAAAUCCCCAUCAUUAUUUUGUGGCAUCACAGGAUCAGAAUUUGUCUCUGAAAGUAAGGAAAAGGCCUGGAAUUCCUCUCAUGUUUAUUAUUCAGAACACUAUUGUCUUGGACAAACCUUCUCCCAAAACAAUUGCCUUUGUUAAAGCAAUAGAGUCAGGCCAACUUGUUUCAGUUCAUGAGAAGCAAAGUAUCAAGCAACUCAAAGAAGAACAGGGUUUAGUUAAAAGCCCUGGACAGAGAAGAAGAAAAAAGCACAAGAAAAUAAGUGGCCCCAAUCCUCUUAGCUGUUUGAAGAAAAAGAAAAAGGCACAGGACACAAAACCAGCGGGCUCUGAAAACAAAAGAAAAAGAAAAAGAAUCCGGAACAGAGCAACCUCGAAAGUCCUUUCCGAAAAGGAGAGUGCAGAAGGCUAAGGAAUCCUGUGGAUACUUUGAAAGACAUUCAAGUGUGAAAAAUAAACUUCUUUCUAAAACUGUGAAAGUACUUAGGAUUUUAAAAAACCACACACAACAAUUAAACUUAUUUUUGUAAAUGAGUAUUGAUCCAUAAGCCUUUACCUACAAUAAUUUAUAAAUAAAAAACAAAACAGUGAAUGGG